CGGGGCUGCGGGGCUGCGGGGCUGCGGGGCUGCGGGGCUGCGGGGCUGCGGCCGCCCGGCCCCUCCCGCCCUGCCCGGCGCUCCCGGCGAUUGGCGGCACCGCCUGAGGAGGCGGGGCCCAGCGGGGCGACCCGCGGCCGCAGGACGGGCAGGAAGGGCCCCGCAAGGACGGCCCAAGGGUAAGAAGGGCCCGGCGCAGCCAUGGCCUCCUCCAAACCGCUGUCCUGCUUCUGGGAGUGGGGCAAGAACAUCGUCUGCGUGGGGCGGAACUACGCGGGGCACGCCAAGGAGCUGGGGAGCGCCCUGCCCCGGGAGCCCCUCUUCUUCCUCAAGCCUUCCUCGGCCUACGUGCGGGAAGGCUCGCCCAUCCUGCGGCCCUACUACUGCAGCAGCCUGCACCACGAGGUGGAGCUGGGGGUGGUGAUCGGGAGGAGGGCCCAGGCCGUGUCCCAGGGAGCUGCCAUGGAGCACGUGGCGGGCUAUGCCCUCUGCUUGGACAUGACGGCCAGGGACACGCAGGAGGAGUGCAAAAAGAAGGGUCUGCCCUGGACCUUGGCCAAGGCCUUCAGGUCGUCGUGCCCAGUCAGUGACUUCGUGCCCAAGGAGAAGAUCCCAGACCCUCACCAGCUGAAGAUCUGGCUCAAGGUGAACGGAAAGCUGAGGCAGGAGGGGGAAACUUCCUCCAUGAUCUUCUCCAUCCCUUACCUGAUCAGCUACAUCAGCGAAAUAGUCACCCUGGAAGAAGGGGACUUGAUUCUGACAGGGACUCCUGAAGGAGUUGGGUCUGUGCAGGUGAAUGAUGAGAUAGAGGCUGGGAUAAGUGACAUCCUCUCCAUGAGGUUUAAGGUGGCCCAGCAAACACGGGGAUCCUGACUGGGAGGUGGGCUGGGACCUAGGAGGAGGCUCUUCUGGGAACAUCUGGUGAGGAAAGGGACACACGAGCUGUACAUUAAACACUGACACAGCCCAUGUGUCUAGUGGACUGUCACGCAUCAAAGACAUGAAACCCGUGAGCUCAAAAGGCAUUUGACUAAACCAGCCCUGUUUCCAAGGAGUCUUUAGCUUUUCUCUGAGGCUGUGAACCUGGAGUCCAACCCACCUGGGGGCAGAUGGUUAAUAUCCAAACUGUACCUUGGAACUGUUGAUGGAGACACUGUGCUGGACAGCUGGGGAGGGGAGCUGGGCUGUCACUUUGGGUGCCCUUCUGGUCUUCUGAUUCUUUGAGCUUUGUCUGUGUCUUGCCUUAAAAUAAAAAUGAAAACAUUAAAAUUGUGAUGUAGGAGCUAGAGCUCACCCAUGCUCUGUACAAUGAAAGAUUAAUGUGUAACACUAAGGCAAGAGUUACAGCUUCAGAAAGAAUUUCUCUCCUUGGGGUAUCAUACAAUAAAAAGAUGUUUUCUUUUUCGAUUA